AUGCACGCCCCCGAACUCACCGACUACAUGAAAGACCAAGCCGCCAAGCUCGACGAAGUCUCGGACGAGAUCGACAAAGUCAACGUGCUCAAGCUCAAGUCCCAGGCCAAGGACAAGGCUACCUACGACAAGGCUGCUGCUGCUGCCGAGAAGGCUGAAGCUGCGCGGCUCGAGGCGCUUUACGAUGGGGAGAGCCAGUUUGAUGCGGAGAAGGAUAAGACGGCGUUUAGGCAGUAUGAGGAUGCUUGUGAUAGGGUCAAGAACUUUUACGCUGCAAGUCUCUCCCCUUCUUUGUUUAGGACAAAAGCUGACGUCGAUGGACAGGAGCAACACCUGAAGCAGACGUACGAGUACAACGUCAAGAUGCGCGAAGAGUUCCGCAACACCACCCGCGCCCGCAUGUCCGUCUGGGAAGCCAUGGAGCUCCUCGACAACCUCGUCGACGAGUCCGACCCCGACACCUCCGUCGGCCAGAUCGAGCACCUCCUCCAAACUGCCGAGGCCAUCCGCCGAGACGGCAAGCCAGAAUGGAUGCAGGUGGUGGGCUUGAUCCAUGAUCUGGGCAAGCUGCUUUGUUUCUUUGGGGCGGAUGGGCAGUGGGAUGUUGUGGGGGAUACGUUUGUGGUGGGGUGUCAGUUUAGCGACAAGAUUAUCUACCCAGAGACGUUCAAGGUCAACCCCGACUACAACAAUCAUAAGCUCAACACAAAGUAUGGUGUUUAUGAGCCGAACUGUGGGUUGGAGAAUGUGUUGCUGUCGUGGGGGCAUGAUGAGUACAUGUACGAUAUCUGCAAGAACCAGUCUACCCUCCCUAAAGAAGGCCUCGCCAUGAUCCGAUACCACUCCUUCUACCCCUGGCACCGCGAAGGCGCCUACCAACACCUCAUGGUCGAAGACGACUGGGAACAGCUCAAGGCCGUCAAAGCUUUCAAUCCCUACGACCUCUACUCCAAAUCGGACGAUCCUCCCAAGAAGGAAGAGCUCGGUCCAUACUACCGUUCUUUGAUCGACAAGUACUUCCCUGAAGAGGUUCAGUGGUAG